AGUGUUGUCGCUCGUGUUUCUGCACGGACUGUGAAUACUGCAGCACCGCCGGAAGUUCACUCCAUGCUUCGACUCGUCCUGCAGUCGACGCCACAAUAAACUGGAGUUAUCUACGAAUUUAACAAUUAAAUCGCUUUUACGACACACGAGACAAUAAUAAUGUCUGACAACGAAGACAACUUCGAUGACGGAGAUUUCGAUGAUGUUGAAGAUGAAGAGGCUCUGGAUGACCUGGAGAACGUGGAAGAUGAGGAUCAGGAGAACGUCCAGAUCCUGCCGGCGGGUGAAGGACAGCAGGCCAAUCAGAAGAGGAUCACCACUCCUUACAUGACCAAAUACGAGCGAGCGCGAGUGCUGGGAACACGAGCGCUGCAGAUCGCGAUGUGUGCGCCGGUGAUGGUGGAGCUGGAAGGAGAGACGGAUCCACUGCAGAUCGCCAUGAAAGAGCUCAAGAGCAGGAAGAUCCCCAUCAUCAUCCGUCGGUAUCUGCCAGAUGGGAGUUAUGAGGACUGGGGCUGCGACGAGCUCAUCAUUACUGACUGAGAAUCUCACACACACACACACACACAGAUCUGUGUGUCACAGCAGUGUUCACAGCACAGAUCUCAUGUCUUCUGCUCUUCAUCCAGCAGUUCAUGUGUGUGUCCGCAGGAGAGCAGCAGAAACACACCACAAACACCCAGCGCACAGCGGAAGAGUUCACCCUCAAUUUCAUUAUUUAAUGUUCAUUCCUUUGUUUUAGUCAUGCAAUAUUAAACGUUCUUUUGUAGAAAAUUA